CGCCCUCCUGAGGGGAGGUGGGCCGGGCCGGGCCCCUCCUACAUCCCCUGGGCAGCCGCGGAGGAGGAGGAGGAGGAGGAACUGGAGGCGGCGCCGUCGCUGGUGCCGCCGCCGCCCCCUUCCUCCCGCCGGUCCUUCCAUCGCCGCCGCUCGCUGUGGCUGGCUCUCCCGGCAUCCCGCGCGCCGCCUCCCCUCAGCCCGCUCCGCUCCUCUUCCUCCUCCUCCUCCUCGUCGUCUGGUAGCGGCGGCUGGGUCGCCCUGCAGCGCUCCGUGCCCUCCGGCGCAGCACGUGCCACGAUGGCAGAACUCUUUAUGGAAUGUGAAGAGGAAGAGCUUGAGCCAUGGCAACAGAAAGUGAAGCCAAUUGUUGUGGAUGAUGACGAUGACGACGACGAGCCCAUCUUUGUCGGGGAGAUCUUGAGCCCCAAACCAUCCAAUACUUAUAUAUUGAACAGAGUCAACCCCAGUUCACCACGGAUUGGAAUGCAGAAUGGUGCACCAAAAAGAGGUGCUGUGGCUGUUUCUCCAGGGUUUCACUCUGCAACGAGACCUAUAACUAGCACUCUAGCUGUUCAGCCGCAGCCCAGAAUCAGCAACGUUUCAGGAACCUCUCAAGUCUUGCAGAGACCUCUUUCUGGGUGUUCAUCACUGCAGGAGGCAGCCAAGGCAAGUACUGGAAUAUCUCAGCCCACCAGUAGAUCUGCCACAACACAGUCCCUGUCAAGGAACCUCAGCAUACCUGUAAUGGCUCAGUCUGCAUCCAGACCAGUGGCUACAGUAACUGCACAACCAGUACCAUUGAAUCGGGUUAUACCGAAUAAUACUUCAGCUGUGGCCUUUGGUUUAAUGCAGAAUUCCGGAGUAACACAAUGCCAGAGCGGAUCAGCAGUGAAUACAACAGGCUUGUCCAAGCGUCCUUCCACUUCUGAAGCCAGCAGUAUUACUCCAAAAAAGGCCAAGGCUAAUGAGACAGGAUCUGGAGGUGAUUCACCGAUAUCGCCUUCAGUUAAACCUCCAAAUGACCCAUCAUUGCUUCAGAAAGGUACGGCAUCAAGCAAUGUUAAAAAUGGAGCACCUUUUCCACAAGCAUGUCCAAAGUGUAAUAUUCAUUUUAAUCUUUUUGAACCACUAAAAAAUCACAUAAAGUAUUGCUGUCCAGACAUGGCACAUACCUUUCUGGGAAUAACCAAAACAGACUGUUCAGGGACAUCAACCAGAAUUGCUGAAACUGAAAAAGGAAAACUGAUCAUGUUAGUUAAUGACUUCUAUUAUGGCAAACAUGAGGGUAACAUCCAGCAGGUGCAUCAGGAGCAGAAGACACAUACGACCUUCAAGUGUGGCAGCUGCAUGAAGCUUCUCAAAAGCAACAUAAGGUUUAUGAACCACAUGAAGCAUCACUUGGAGCUGGAAAAACAGAAUAGUGAGAGCUGGGAAAGCCAUACCACCUGCCAGCACUGUUACCGUCAGUUCCCGACACCCUUCCAGCUCCAGUGCCAUAUCGAAAGCAGCCACACCCCUCAUGAGUCAUCAACUCUGUGUAAAAUAUGUGAACUAUCCUUUGAAACCGAGCAAGUUCUUUUGCAGCACAUGAAAGACAAUCACAAGCCUGGAGAGAUGCCGUACGUCUGCCAGGUGUGCAAUUACAGAUCAUCAGCAUUUUCAGAUGUGGAAAAACACUUUCGAGCAGUUCAUGAAAACACAAAAAACUUGCUCUGCCCAUUUUGCCUUAAAGUUAUUAAAAUUGGAGCACCAUAUAUGCAUCACUUCAUGAGGCAUCAGAAAAAGGGGGUACAUCGCUGCACCAAGUGUAGGCUCCAGUUCUUGACGUGCAAAGAAAAAAUGGAUCACAAAUCUCAGCAUCACCGGACAUUUAAAAAACCUGUUCAGUUAGAGGGAUUGCCUCCAGGAACCAAAGUUACUAUCAGAGCUUCUGCUGGAUCUCUUCAGCCUGGAUCAAUGUCUGCGUCUCCUGUUAGCCCAAGUGCAUCUACUUUGCAGUUGUCUCCCAGUGCUAAAGUGACAAAUGCUAAAGCGACUCAUAACAAACUGAAUGCAAAUAAAGCAAAGCCAAAAUUGAAGCCGCUGAGCGUACAGAAAAAGCAGAGUCUGGGUACCAGCAGCAUCACCCACAAUAAUAACAGCAGCAGCAGCAAUGGCAGCAGCAGCAGCAGCAGCAAAAGAAACAAUAAAAUUGCAAACACAUCACUAAAUAAUCUAAGAUGUCCGGAUAUUCAGAAAUGCAUUGAGUGUUAUUCUGACAUAAGGACUUUUGCCAGCCACUUUCCAGCUUAUGUCCGCUGCAGUUUAUGCAGAUACAGCACUAGCUGUAGUAAAGCGUAUGUGAAUCAUAUGAUGAGUUUUCACAGUGCUCGCCAAAGUAAAAGAUUUUGGAUUUAUAAGACUCAUUCCGAAGAUCUGAGGGGUGUUACUCUUGUUUGUCUUAACUGUGACUUCCUAACUGAUGUUUCUGGAUUGGAUAAGAUGGCCACACACUUGAACGAGAGCCAUGCUCACACCUGCCAGGUUAUUAAAGAAAAUGUUCCCUUGGACUACCUUGCUGCUGAAAAUCUUUCUCACCUAGCGAAUGAUGCAUUAUUGAACAAUGAAAGUGAAGAAACAUCCCAGAAACUUUCAAGGCCCAGUACACCUGAAGAACAAAACGAAACAUCAGCUCCUGUAAGCCCACAAAUAAAAUAUUCUGCAGAAGAAACAAAUCAGGACCACCUUGGAAAUCAAAGUGAUGAAGCUGCUUUAAAUGGUGAGAGUGAAGAAAAUAAAUUACCAGUUCUAGAAAACAGUUUUGGUUCAGGGCUUCAGUCCUGUUCAAAUGACUGCAUAGACACUGCAGAUGGAGGAGAGGCAGAGAGCUGCCUUGAGAACCAAAGAGAUGAAGCUGCUAUAGAUGCUGCGUGUGAAGAAAAGAAAUCUCCAUGUCUAGAAAACAUUUCUGAUUCAGGGUUCCAAGCCUGCUCAAAAGACUCUUUGGGAGAAGGGGGCAAAGAUGACCUUGCAAAUCAAGGUGAGGAAGGCCCUUUAGCUGCUGAGUGUGAAGAAAAUGUACCUCCGUCAGUUCUAGAAAGCUCUCCUUCAGGAUUCUCAGUCUGCUCAAAUGCUCCCAUAGACCUUGCAGAAAAAACAGACAAAGACAGCCUUACACAUCAAGGUGAUGAAGGUCCUUUUGCUGCUGAGUGUGAAGAAAGUACAUUGAUUCUAGAAAAAAACACCAGUUCAGGACUCUCAACCAGCUCAAAUGGCCUCACAGAUCCUGCUGAAGGAGACACAUAUGCCCUUGCAAAUCAAACUGAUGAAGGUGUUUUAUCUGCUGAUUGUAAAGAAAAUACAUCUGUGUCAACUGGAGAAGCUGCCUCCAUUUCAGACCUCCCUACCUGUUCAAAGGGCUCUAUGGGAGAGGGAGAGACAAAUAAUGCAAAUCAAGGUGAUGAAGUUCCUUUAGUGGGUGAGUGCAAGGAAAAGAAAUCUCCAUGUCUAGUAAAUAUUUCUGAUCCAGGGUUCCAGGUCUGCUCAAAAGGCUCUUUGGGAGAAGGGGACACGGAUGACCUUGCAAAUCAAGGUGAUGAAGGUCUUUUAGCGGCUGAGUGUAAAGAAAAUCCAUCGCCUUCGGUUCUAGAAAGCUCUCAUUCAGGAUUUUCAGCGUGCUCAAAUGACUCUAUAGACCCUGCAGGCAAGGAUGCAGACAGCCUUGCAUAUCAGGAUAAUAAAUGUAAUUCAGCUGCUGAGUGUGAAGAAAGCACAUUGCCUUUGGUUUUAGAAAACCGCUCCGGUUCAGGUCUCUCAGCCUGUGCAAAUGAUCCCAUAGAUCCUUUGGAAGAAGGAGAUGCAAACAGUUCUAUACAUCAAAGUGAUGACCCUGUAGUUGCCAAGUGUAAAGAAAGUCCAUCAACUGGAGAAAAGUCUUCCAUUUCAGAACCCCAUGUCUGUCCAAAAGGCUCUGCAGAAGAAGCAUCAAGGGGGCAUCUUGAAAAUCAGACAGAUGAGGAUAAAGAGAGUACUUCUAUGCCAACUGUGAAAAACUCCUCCUGCCCAGGACUCCAAGCCAGUUCAAUGGAGACCUCUUGUGAAAGGACAGAAUCUGACAAUUUGCAUAACGGUGAUCAGACAGAAGAGGGGAAAUCUCCAAAAUCUGCAGGUAAUGAAAUUAACCCUUGCCAACGUUCAGAGGAUACAGUCUCUGCUGUCCAGACAAAAGUGGAUGAUUUGGAUGAAGAUCAGUUUGCAGACAUGAAUACUGACAACUCAAAAUUGGCAUCUGAUGAAGAUGUUAGUUUUGAACAGUUUCUGAGGAGAAGUGAACCUGAAUCAGCAAAUUCUGACAUGAGUGAACAAGGCAGUGUUCAUCUGGAACCUCUGACACCAUCAGAGGUCCUUGAAUAUGAAGCGACAGAAAUUCUCCAGAAAGGUGGGGUUCCACCUUCAGCAAAGAAAGCUGGACUAGGUUCUGAACAGGCUGAUGUUGCUGCUUCCACAGAGAGCAGCCCUAGCCACAUAGAGGUGUCAGCAAGCCAGGUGGAAGAGAGCGAUGAAGCAAGCUGAAGCGGGAUAUUUGCAACACUUUGAAUCAAUUGCUGAGUGUACUCUUAGAGAUGCCCGUUGUGAAAGAAAGGAGGAAAACAGAGGAGGAGAUUGUGUGAUAUCGCUGACACUCAUUAAUGGCAAACUGGAUAUCAAAGAGGCUAGUAGAAGGUAGCAGCAUUGCUGGAAAAGAUGUGACCUUUGAAGCCAAGAGGAAAAUGUUUUAUUUAUUUGAUUCAAAGUAAGAUCCCUACAGGGACCACAGUGUUUGUAGUAUUCGGUGGCUGUGCUGCACAAAGGGCAUUUGAUCCACUGUCAGUCUGGAGAACUGUGAGCCAGUGUUUACUGUUACCUUCCUGUCCCAUCAAGACAUGCUAGGAAGAUAUCUGGCCCCUCAGUAAUAAUAAGCUUACCUUAAACUUUCAGUGAAAGUGAAAUUAUGGUUUAAAAAGUAAAUAUAUUUGUGAGUUUCCCAGUGUGCAAGCUUUGCAGAUACCUGACACGCUACUUGUUUGGAACAGGGCAUGUUAUAACCUAUGUCUUUGAGGUUAUUUUCAGUAUUUUUAUUUGCAGCAGGCCCUAAGAACCCAAAGUGGGCAGGAAGAGUUGCAGAACUUACCUGGAAAUGUGUAAAUGUUACAAAAAAAAAAGGACUUGAGAAGCAUUUAAAUCGGGUGUUGAUAUGUUUUUAGUCUAAAUUUAAUGUCAAACAAAAUGGUUAGGGGGGUGGCAUGAAAAUCAUUUUGAUAUGUAGUUAGGUUAAGGAAUGCAUAACAUGAUUUAGCAGUACCUUGCUUUUUAAUAUUAACAAGCUGAAUUAAAAUGUGCUCUCUGAAUCUUUUAGGAAAGUGAUUUUGGACUUGUGGAGGUUUGUUUUUAAUGAACUUACAUGUUUUGAACUUCCAUUAGGACUCUGAUGUACAUAUUUUGGAGUAAAUAUUUGCAAGAAAAUAUGAUGUUA